AUGGCAUUUGUUCAUCAUCAGCCGCGUCGAGCGCGCAACAUGCUCUCGUCGGCUGCCCCCACGACGUCUGUCUCGUCGGCGGUGGCGGCGGGGCACCAGCGACAGGGCAGGGACGCCCAGUCGCGCCAGCCCGUGGAGCAGGACUGGAGCAUCGUCUUUCCCGGGCGAUCUCAGAGCGUCGACGGUGUCCAGUCGAAGAACGACGAAGCUGCAGGCGCGACCUCAUAUGCGACAGCUGACGAGCAACGGGACGCCAACCAAGCAGCAGCUGGCCCUCUCUUUCCGUUUCAUGAUGGUACUGGCCGCUUCACGCGGCCCAACAGCCCCAGCUACGGUGCCGACGUCGAAGACGAAGAAGAGAGGGAAGGAGACAGGAGCGAAGACGACGAGGACGUUGGAGAGGAAGGAGGGUCAUCUGCUGCACCCAUAAGCCCUCUGGAAGUAGCCUUUGAGGAUGACGAAGAGGAAGAGGGAACAGUCGAUAUGGACCUCGAGAUCGACGCUACUUCUUCCCUCUUUCUCUCGGGGUCUGAAGAAGGUGGAGCCAGCGAGAUGGCUUCGCGUCGGCGCAGCCGGCGAGCAUCGUCUCUGGCCUCGUCCAACUGGUCACACCUCCGCGCAUCCAGAGCGAGAUCCCCACCUCUUCCAGUCGUCUUUACAUCUGGAUCUGAAGGGGAGGAGGAAGAGGACCAAGAAGAAGAAGAGGCGAUGUAUGCAUCUGCUCGAGAGAGGGUCGCCGUUGCAGAGGAGUGGGCCUUUGAAGAGGCGCUGGCCUCGGCUCACUCGGCCACUUCGGCUGGACUCGCACCUCGAAGCAGACCGAGAAUGUCGGGACCCAGUUCACCCUUGGCGAUGAGGGGGCGGGCAGGGACAAGCAACAGGGAGGAAGUCAGGGUGCCCAAGAGAAGGCAUCGUCGGGCGGGCGAGAGCGACAAGGGAAGCAAGCGCAGCAAUACGACAGCAAACACACGAGAGACGCGAAGAAGUGCCAGCGUUCUAGGCGAGGCAUCCGCUCGACGUCGUGGUGGAAGUGGCGUCGAGAGCUCCACCAAUAGGAGUCAAAGCCGCCGGACCGCUCGUCGCGCGUCUACGGCAGCACCGGCAAGCAUCAUCGACGCAGCAGCCCCGCAGAGGAGAGGGACGAGGACGCAAAGGCUCGUCAAUAUCAUCCUGCGAAAGGUCUUUGAUGUCGACGAUGCCGAUGUCCUCGACGCUCUUCUUCGCGAUGAGGGUCCCCUUGCAACUCGCCAUCCCCUCGAGCACCCUGCGCAGCAUACUCGAAUUCGCUUCGGGCUUGACGGCGGAGGCGAAGAAAUUGACGAGAGGAACCGCAGCAGGCGACGGAGGGAGAAGCAGGCACAGGGCGAAAUCUCAGAGGAGGAAGAGAUUGACGCCGAUGCCGGAAAGGCUCUCGUUGCCCUCUCCAGGCGACAAGUGCUUGAAGAAAGCAGCAUUACUUAUGCACCUCCAGACGAGGGCGGCGUGGCUCUCACACCGACACACGAUCGUGAUGCGUGGAGGUGGCAGAGUCAAGCCAGGGUCCCACUGCCGCCGUCUCGCCUCAUGGCGGAACCCUCGCUGCUCGAGGCGCUCCAUUCAACAUUCUUUGCAGGAUUGAGGCACGUUCCUGCCACGACGAUGCCUCUCGUCGUGGGCUUUGCGGCCGCAUUGGGCGGUGCGGGAGCAGCCUCCCCCGCUAGGCUGUUGGGCGUCCUCGCGGCCAAAUUUGGAAGAGGAGCUGAGGGCAUGAUGGGCAAGAUGAUGGGCCAGGACGAGGACGACGGACUGCAACAGCAGCAGCAGCAGCAUGGGCGGCCGGAUAGGGAUGAGGAAGGCGAGGAGGCGCACUCUGUCUCUGCACGGAGCACGUCCAAGCACUCGUCAGUGGGGUCCAGCAGCGGCAGCGGAGACACGCUCAAGAGCAGCAGGUACAGCGGACAACAGCACCCUGUCGUAGUCGAGAGGCAGAGGAGGAAAAGAAGCGAGAGCCUCGUCGCAUCAUAG